UCCGCCUCCACAUAAGCCGCUCCGCCCCUUCCGGGCCGGGCAGUCGCGCCGGACGCGGCUCCAUGGCGGCCUUGGCGCCCCGCCGCCCCCGCGGGACCGCUGCUGCGCUGGCCCGGUGACGCCGCGUCUCGUCUCCUCUCGUCGUGUCGCGGCAGGACCUCCCGUGGAGCAGCGCGCGGCCAUGGCGUCCCGGCGGCCCGACGUUCCCGCUAUUGAGCACAGCUCUGGAGGGCUUCUAGGAAAGAUGUCCCUGCCGAUCGGGAUGCACCGGCGGGCUUUCAGUUAUGACGAUGCCCUGGAGGACACGGCACCGAUGACUCCUCCCCCUUCAGAUAUGGGCUCCAAUGUCCUGUGGAAACAGCCAGUCAUCCCAGAGCGCAAGUACCAGGAGCUGUCGCAGGUUGAGGAAGGGGAGACUAACAGCUACCCGCCUGCCAUAACCCCUUCAUCUUCUACUGAGAGUGUGAACAAGGCCCCUGUGGUGAAGGCCAAGGCCACUUACAUCAUCAUGAAUUCUCUCAUUACAAAGCAGACUCAGGAGAGCAUGCAGCGCUUUGAGCAGCAGGCAGGGCUGACUGAUGCUGGAUACACUCCCCACAAGGGCCUCACAGCAGAGGAGACCAAGUACCACCGCGUGGCCGAGGCGCUCCAUAAGCUGAAGGUGCAGAGCGGAGGGGCAGCUGCCAGAGAUGACUAUCAAGCUUCCUCCGCGCAGUCCUCUCCCAGCAACACUCCCCAUUGCUCCCCCAAGCACAAGAACCGGUACGUGUCCCCUGCCCCCUCCACCGCCAUCCCUGGCCCAGACUUUGUCUCCAUGGAUCCCGCUGGGGGUGACCGAGACCGUGUAGCUGCUGAGAAAUGGAGCUUCUUUGGACCCAAGUCUGUGCAGAAGCCCAGCUGUGACCCAGGGGGCUUCACCGUCCAGCCCUACAAAGGUGCCCAAAAGCCGUCCCCAAUGGAGCUGAUCCGUGCCCAGGCCACACGCAAGGCAGAGGACCCGGUUACCUUCAAGCCACCCAAGAUGGACAUCCCAGCCCUGGAGGGGAAGAAACAGCCCCCUCGGCCGCACAACCUGAAGCCCCGGGACAUGAAUGUGCUCACGCCCACAGGCUUCUAGGUGCACAGGAUGCACCGAACUGCAACUUCCAGCAGCGUCCUUCCAGCUCGGCCCUGGGGAAGCAGCAGCCCCUGCUGUCCAGGGGCAAAUCCCAAAUCUGUUUCCUUUCUUGAGAGAGCUUCUGUCUCAGCACUAAAUCCACAGAGACCCUCUGCACUUUGCAUCGGUACCCUGCUUCUCCAUACAGCAGGGGACCCCAGGGAGAUGCACACUCCCUCCCUGCCCCCCAAAACUACACCUGGUGGGAGGCUUUGGACUUGUGCACCUCUGCUUGGACUGCUUUGCCCAUCGCGAGGUUGGCCUUCUCUCCUAGGCUCGCUGCCUCCUGACAAGGACCACAGCUUCCUCCAGCACGUAGGUGGGGCCUGGGGCUGGAGUUGGGACCAAGACCUGGGCUACACACAGCAGUUCCCCUUUCAGGAUCCCAGAGGGAAGCCUGCGUUUUCCUCCCUGUGUGGGGACUGUAGGGGGGUUUCCAGCCGGCACUUGCUUCUCUGUGGCGUUCUCUUCAAGGGAUAAUGGUUGAGCGCGGGAAGGGAGCAGCACAUUGCUGUCAGAGGGCUUGGCUUCUCCAGGGGGGCCUGGAAUGGGUUGGGGUGGGGAUCCUUGCUUCCAUGGGGCAGUGCACGUGGAAGGGCAGUGGGGGUUUUGGGAACGUUCCCAGUAGCCUCCUGUAAAUAGGUAGGGGCAGAGGCUGUGGCAGGCUAGUGGGGUGCUGCUUCCUAGCGGCAGGUGCUGCUGACGGGGGUGCAGAGACCUGGAGAAGGCCUGAGCUGAGCCCUGGCCCAUGUGCUCGGGUUUUAGACCUCCCUUGGCUUAGUUUUUAAAUGUUCGUGGGAACGCUCCACCUGCCCUCUCCCUCUCCCGCUUCAGAGGGCACAGCCUGUCCAGCCUCAGCUACCCCUGCACAGGCCAACCCUGCUGCCGGGCCACUUCACCUCGGGCAGUGUAGCAGUGGCAGCCCCUGCACUCAUACCACGCUGGCAGCACCAGGGACGCGGUCAUGGCCACUGCUCGUCCCAUCCCCGUUGCUCACGAGCCCUCGGGCUGGCAUUAAUUUAUUUGUGCUGUCUGUACUCACGUCUCUUUAAUGUGCCUCCAUUGGGUUUGUUACAAGAGAAUAAAGACCCUUGUGAUGA